UCAGAAACAUUCCAUUAUCUCACACCAAUACGAACCCAAGGAAGGAGACGAGUGAUCAGUGAAAGAUGAUGAACGUUUUGGCUCUGUUUCUUGUUCUGUCUUCUCUUACAACGGCAAGCAUAUGGUCGACACCGCCUGAGACAUUGGAGACAGAGAAAAAGAAAGCAAGAGAAGAAGAUGUGAUAAUGAGAGAAGGGCGUCGAUUAAUCGUGGUUGAGUACGAGAAAGAAACCCCUCUUCACCCCAAAGUUUCAAUCUCACCCCCCGAACAACCAGAUCUCACCCAUAAGCUCCCAGGUCAGAGCGUCGGAGACAAAUUAUCCGACGUGGCAAUGGCUACCAAGGAGAAAGCCAUGGAAGCCACCGCCGCCGCCUCAGAUCAGAGCGUCGGAGACAAGUUGUCGGAUGUCGGAAAAGCUGCCAAGGAGAAAGCAAAAGAAGCCGCUUCUGUCCUCCCAAAUCUCGGCCAAGGCCUUUCCACUUCAACCCAAUCGCAGCCACCAGAACCACCACCAUUAGAUUCCCCUAGAGCAGCUCCUCCCAGGGAGUUUAUCUGCGACGCUUUGGGUAAAUGUAAGAACAAACUCGCCGGAGUGUUAGGCAAAGCCAAAGAUAAAGCUCAAGGAGGAGCCGAACAAGCUAAAGAUAAAGCCAAAGAUGUCAUCGACACAACCAAGACUACUGGAGAAAACUUGGCAGGGAAAGCAGAAGAAAUAGCCGAAGAUGUUGCCGAUAGAGUGAAAACGAAAGCGCAUCAUUUAAAGGAAGAAGGAAAGGACAACCUGACAGAUAUUCUCCGGCGAGGCCGUGAGGUGGUUCUUGAUGCUAUUAGGUAUAUGAUGUCGAGAGAAAGGUGGGCGGCGCUGAUGGGUGUGGGUCAGUUGCUUGGCUUCGCAACCGCCUAUGGGACGUGUGUGUGGGUGACGUUUGUGUCAAGUUAUGUCUUGGCUGGGGUUCUGCAAAGGCAACAGUUUGGGAUUGUGCAGAGUAAGAUCUACCCUGUUUAUUUCAAAACAAUGGCUUACAGUAUUGGGCUAUCUCUGGUUGGGCUGUGGUUCAACCCGAGAAGUCGCCGGUCUAAGUCGGUCCAGAGCUAUAAUCUAUUGGCAUCGCUUGUAAUGAUCCUUGCCAAUUUGUUCUACUUGGAGCCUCAAGCCACUAAGGUGAUGUUUGAGAAAAUGAAGAUAGAGAAGGAAGAAGGGAGAGGAAUAGACGACGCAGACAUUAGUGGUGCGAGGACGUUGAGGGAGGAAGAGAAUUCAAAGAAGGUGAAGUCUAGGCUAAGGUGGAUGAACCAGAGGCUGAAGAAGCUCAAUACUCAGUCGUCUUUUCUCAAUGUCUUGACUCUGAUGGCUCUUACGUGGCAUCUAGUUGAAUUGGGUCAGCGUUUGCACCUUUCGUGCUGAUGUGGACAGUGUUUGAACUUCUAUUUCUUUUAUGUAUACGGAUGGUACUGACUGUAUGUAUUGUUUAUUUGGACUUUGCUGCUAAUGUUAACAAUCUCU